UUCGUUCUCCAUAGCUUCCAUUAUUGUCCUUUCCCUCCCUUUAUUUCUAUAUACUUACUCUUUAAGCCCAGAGAUUACACCACACAACUAGUGGUGUAGCUCGUUCGAGUCUCCUACAGUGGAAGUGUGGAAGCUAUCACAAGAGUUAUAGCUAAAGAGAUGGCGAAGAAGGCAGAGAGAGGCGGGAGGAAGGCGGCGGUGAUGAUGAACAGAGGGGCGUGGACUGCUGAGGAGGACCAGAAACUUGUGGAGUACAUUAAGGUUCAUGGUGACAAGAAGUGGAGAGCUCUCCCUGUCAAAGCUGGGCUUAAUAGGUGUGGGAAGAGCUGCAGGCUGAGAUGGCUAAACUAUCUCAGGCCUGGGAUAAAAAGAGGGAAUAUAUCCGAAGAUGAAGAGGAUCUCAUUAUUCGACUCCACAACCUCCUGGGCAACAGAUGGUCUCUAAUUGCUGGAAGACUGCCUGGCCGGACAGACAACGAGAUAAAGAACCACUGGAAUACUCACUUGAGCAAAAGGCCAUUAACAAUCGAUGAUCUAAACCUUAAGCUGGACAUGAAGCAUGAGGGUGGUGUUCAUGGCCAUACUCCCCCAUCAAAUACUCCUCUCGAACCAAGCCAGGGAUUCAAGCCGACGGUCUCGGAGGAGCGCAUGCUCCCUGAUCACAAUGAGGAGUUGGCAAGCUCAUGGGCUGACUUGCCUGCUUCCGAAUUUGACGUCGGGCAGCUCUUCGACUUCGCAUCAAUGCCGGAUGUCGAUGGAAAUGAGGGUGGAAGCAGUGGCAGUGAGCUGGGAGUAGAAGAGUAUGGCAUGAUGCAUCAAGAUGGUUACCAAGAGCUCACCAAUGAGCUUUUGGGAGUAAACAAUCAGGGGUCCUUGGAUCCGCAGGCUAUGUGUAAUCCACCAGAGUUUGAUGAUUUGGACCUGUUCAUCGGUUGUCAGGACUAUGAAUUCUAUUUUCUUCAUUAAAGCGAAAUGGUUUGUUUUAGCUAAGGGGCAUGAACUAUAGCAAGUGUAAAUCAUCCGCAAACUAUGGUAUUGUCUUUUCUUUAGUGGGA